AUGGCCAACCUGCGGGCCAAGGAAGAGUCUCUGGGCCAGAGCAGCAUCCUGAGCAUCCGGGGCCCGUCCUCCUUUGGGGGUCGCAGCGGAAUAGUAGACGAAGAGGAAGAAGAAGCGGUGCACCCCUUCCGCCGCUGGCUGGACUCGUUCCGCCGCGACCCCGGCCUGCACGUCACGCCCCCGUCUGUGUUGAACACAACGGCCGCCGCCGCCGCGGCGGCGGCACAGGGAGGUGGGGUUCCGCGCGGCCGCGGACGCGGGCGCGGGCACUACUUCGAUCUGCACGCUGCGAACGUCGGGACCGCGAACACCCUAUUGUCGAGGGAGUUGAAAGGGCGACAUCUGCAGAUGAUCGCUAUCGGAGGUUCUAUCGGCACCGGGUUGUUUGUCGCGAGUGGGAAAGCGCUCAAUACCGGCGGCCCUGCCUCUCUCCUCAUCGCGUACCUCUUUAUCGGCUGCAUGCUGUACUGCACCAUCCAAGCCCUGGGCGAGCUCGCCGUGACCUUCCCCGUGGCCGGCUCCUUUUCGGCCUACUCGACUCGCUUCCUCGACCCGGCAUGGGGGUUCACUAUGGGAUGGAAUUACGCCCUGCAGUGGCUGGUAGUUCUUCCGCUCGAGAUCAUCGCCGCCUCCAUCACGGUUGGCUACUGGAACAGGAAUCUCAAUCCGUCCAUCUUUAUCACCAUCUUUCUCUUCGCCAUCGUCGUUAUCAACCUCUUUGGUGUUAAAGGCUACGGUGAAGCCGAGUUCGUCUUUGCCAUCGUCAAGAUCACCGCCAUCAUCGGUUUCAUCCUGCUCGGCAUCGUCAUCAACAUCGGCGGCUUCCCCGACGAUGGCUACAUCGGCGGGCGGUACUGGCACGACCCGGGCGCCUUCAACAACGGUUUCAAGGGCCUCUGCGCUGUCUUUGUGACGGCGGCGUUCGCCUUCACGGGCACGGAGCUGGUCGGGCUGGCCGCCGCCGAGACGGCCAAUCCGCGCCGGUCGCUCCCGACGGCUAUCAAGCAGGUCUUCUGGCGUAUCACGCUCUUCUACAUCGCCUCGCUGACCCUCAUCGGCCUGCUGGUGCCGCACUCGCACCCGCGCCUGCUCGGCGCCAAGUCGGCCGCCGACGCGUCCGCCUCGCCCUUCGUCAUCGCCAUCGAGUCGGCCGGCAUCGCCGUCCUGCCCGGCGUCAUGAACAGCGUCGUGCUGAUCGCCGUCAUCUCGGUCGGCAACAGCGCCGUGUUCGGCUCGUCGCGCACGCUGGCCGCGCUGGCCGACCAGCGGCAGGCGCCCGCCAUCCUGGGCUACGUCGACCGCCGCGGGCGCCCGCUGGUGGCCAUCCUGGUCGCCUCGGCCGUCGGCCUGCUGGGCUACCUGGCCGACCUGGACCAGGAGCCGGACGUGCUCAACUGGCUGCUCGCCGUCUCCGGCCUGUCGUCCCUCUUCACCUGGGGCUCCAUCUGCCUGGCCCACAUCCGCUUCCGCAAGGCCUGGCGGGCCAAGGGGAGGAGCCUCGGCGAGCUCGCCUUCCGCUCCCAGGUCGGCGUCGCCGGCUCCUGGCUCGGCCUGAUCCUCAACGUGCUCGUCCUGCUGGCCCAGUUCUGGACCGCCGCCUGGCCCCUCCCACACCCGCUGGUGGCGACGGGCGACGGCGGGAUGAACGGCGGCGGCGCGGCGGCCGUGCCCCUCGACUCGCCCAGGGACGUGGCGCAAAACUUUUUCCUGCAGUACCUGUGUGCACCCAUCGUGUUCGCCUUCUACAUCGCGUACAAGCUCUGGUACCGCACCCGGAUCGUCCGCAUCGACGAGAUGGACGUCGACACGGGCAGGAGGGAGUUCAACCUGCCCAUCCUGAUCUCGCGAGAGCUCGACGAGAGGCGGGCGAUGCCCAGGUGGAAGAGGCUGUACAGAUUCUUGUGUUAG